CAUAAAAUUCAAUGUCAGGUCAGAUCCCAUUUCGCACGGGAUGAUAUCAUUCCGUGUAAAAAUGGAAAUAAAAACCAUUUAGUAACAAUAAAAAUCAUAUCAUGCUACCAUGGCGAACCGUUUACGCAAUAUAGUCCAGGCUCUCCGUUUGAAACUGAACAUGCCCAUGACAGCCACAUCAAGCCGUCAGAAGAUCGACGAUUUGAUCACUAAGUACAUGCCUGCUGAUAAAGUCGCCGAUUUCGCCGACAAGAUGAAGAAUGAGCCCAUAGGGGCGAAGGUCAAAGAGCUGGUGGCCCGGUAUGAGAAGUUCACUGGAGUCCAAGAGAUAAUGGCUAUUCAGAACACCGUUAUCGAGGCUCAGGAGCGCUUCGUCACAGCCCAGGACCGGAGACGUGAGCUGGGCCGGCAGCUGGCCAACAUCGAGGAGCGGCUGAAGGAACUCCACGCCGAGAUGCAGAGCACCAUGAAGGGCGACGAUAAAUAUCUGCAGCUCUGUACUGAGGAACAUAAGCUCAUAAUCCAAGAGCGGAACCUCCGGAGCCAUUUUGCGGACGCAGAGAGAGAGGAGAGAGAGCUCUUUGCUCGCAUGUCAGCUGCUGUCAAGUUAGGUCACGAGAGAGAGAGGGCGCACGCCGAGAGAAACAAGUAUUGGUACAUCGUCGCUUCUAUAUUCGGCACCGUCUUGGGUAUCGCCGGCUCAACGAUCAACAACCGUCUCAAAAUGGCGGAGUUCCGAGACAUGAUGGAGCAGCAAAUGGCGCGGUCGGCUUCCGUCCUCUACACAGUGGCUGGCGGCGGCUCGGCCUCCAGACAAGAUAUCACUGAGGCUAUGAAAACGGAGUUCGCUUACCAGGAACAACUGGCAACCAACUUAGCACAGAUGCAGGAUAACAUCAACCAUCUAGUCAGCAAACAGUCGUCUCUUAUUGAACACAUCAACCAGCAAGAGCAAUACAUGCAAACACAAAUUCGUGAUUUAAAAAAACUGGUCAUCGUCGCAUCACAGACUAGCGCAAAAUCGGACGCGGAACUCGCCAAAGCAUUGUCUGUGGUCCACCAAGAUUUAGACGACGACAACAGGGAAAAGGAGGACACACAUAACAGAGUCAUAUUGGAGCCCCAGCAGGUCCUAACGGGCGUUGGAAUUGUCAUGUGUCUCGCGAUCAUAUUGGGCAGCAUCGUUGGCAGGUCGUGAUUUGAAAUUGGAAUGUUGUUUCGAAUUUCGAAAUUUGCAAAUUCGCAGCCGUAUGGUUUUCUUUUCAGACUACAGAUGUAGAGCAUAAUUAUUUUCCAUCGUAUUUUCACGGAAACUUACGAACGUAUCUUGCUAUUUCAACCAGUCGGUACAAAAAGUACUGAGGUUGACUGAAGUAGCAUGACAAAUACGAACGUUUCCGAGAAAAUACGAUGGAAAAUAAUUAUGCACUACAUCCGUAGUGUGUAUUAAAGACUUCCGAAGUUGUGUUGUAGAUGAAUGUAUGUGUUGGUCUUUUGGGCUUGUUAGAUGGCGCUUUAACAUAAGUCGUUGACGUACCGUAUAAAACAAUAUGAGUCUGAAUUUGCAAUUUCGUCUACAACAUGAUGAGGAGUGCAAUUUUCUGUCAUUGGCAAUCUAUAUUACCUGUCUAAAUUUAGUACAGGGUUAUUUAGUAUGUUCGUAGUUAUUUUCGAUCAAAAUGUUUUAUUAUGAAGACACUUAUCUAAUAUGGCCGUGUAAUUGACUCAAAUGCAUGUUUAAACUUAAAUGUGGUAAUAAAAAUUGGUUUUAUCUGCAACAGUAUCUAUAAAAAAUGCUAUAAACUGUAUAUCAUGAAAAAAUAAAACUUUUGUACUCUAUGCCCCGUUUGUCCCGAGUUGCUAUUUCAGUGAAAUUGUAUACAUUGGUGUUAAGAUUUAAAAAUAAGAUAUUUAUACAGGAGUUAAAAGUUUUCUGUGAUACAUAAUACAAAAUAUUUGUUUUGAGUAAAUUCAGAUUUUUACCGACCGUUGUGACCCGUUUGUGUACUAAUUUAUUUCGUUUAGUUUUUUUUUAAUUUAUUGCAUGACCAAGUCCUUCAGUUUUUCCCAUUCUUGCCCUGUGAAAAAUCUUUGGUUUUUUUUACGCGGGUAACACUGCUUCUCAGCCUUAACGGUUUUAGUUAUAACAUAGUUAUAGGUAUAGAUACCAAUGAAAAUUUAUUCCAAUGUUUGUGUUAAUACGAAUACAAUAAAAAUAUGAUUGUUAA